AUGGGCUCUGAGGGCAUUCAAAUCACCAUCCCAGACUUUGACGAGGAGGACUAUCAUUCAACACCGAUCUUUGGACGCUCACAGGGGGGAUUAUGGGGGGCAUCGAGCUCAGGACAGGAUUCACCCACGAUUCUGACCCCACUAGCUCUCCCAGAACGGGCUGAGAAGUCGUAUUUUCAUGCGCGAGGGGAUUCUAUCACUUCCGAUGACUCUGCCCAUUCGUUACAAUACAGCGCCCGCAAGGUCAAGUCCCCGUUCGCUCACUCCGCGCAGUCAUCCUUUGCGACGACCACCACGGGCGGUUCCUCGUUCACGAAGAAACCGUCCUUUGCAUCGCUUCGCAAUGCGUUCAGGAAAAACACGGAGCCUGCUCCGCCCCUACCACCAAUCGAGCAUCAGGUCUAUCCUGCCCUGAAGAAUCCUUUCAGUCGGUCGACCUCAUCGCUCGCACAGCAUCCAUCGAUGCCACACAGGCAGCAGCCCUCGAUGCAUGCGAGCCCACCUCACUUCCGACCGUCUACGCCUGCCUCGAGCGAAUCUAGGACCCGGGGAACACCGUCCAGGGCGAGAGAGCAUGCAUAUGCACGGUCUCAACACUCUCAUUCAGGCUCUAUCUUCUACAACUCAGAUGCGGGAAGCGAUCAGGGAUUCCACACUCCUUCGUCACCGCCACCAGUUCCUCGCAUGCCAGCGAUGUUCAGUCCCUUUGGGCACCCGGAUGACCCUCGGACACUUGCCGACUUGGAAGACAAGAUCACGAUGGAGCCGCGCACACCGUCUGACUACGCUCUUCACGCGAUAUUCAUCAGAUUCGCUACGACUGCGGAGGGACACAUAGAACAUUUCUUGCGGUUAACUCUGGAUCGGGAGCCUCUCCUCACAGAUUACAUGGGACCAGGCGUGGACCCCAAGCUAGAUGAACUGCUCCUGUCACUGGGCAAGAUUGCCCAAAAGCAUGCGAAGCCUGUGGUCGAGUCGGUGAUGCGGUGGCGGAAGUCGCAUGCUGAUGUAGGAGUGAGCCCAGAACUGCUGCGCGGGCACUUGGACUAUGCAGCGACUAGCGGACGCAACAUCCGGGGACAAGACGUAUCUUCUAUGCUGAACGAGCGCCGGUCGCUCGCGUCGAUCUACGUCAUGUGCCGCGCUCUCAUCGCUGCUACGCAAAAUCUGACGAAGGACGGACUCAGUGAUGCUGUGGGACAUAGCCUUGAGGAGCUCACAUUUGAUCAGUUCCGGAGGCCAGACAUCAAAAUGCUCACACAAUCGGCCAAUCAUCGCAUCAACGCAGAGCUGUAUGCAACACUGUUGGGUCAGCUGGCGAACGUUCGAUUCGAGAGCGUCACCGAUCGCUUCCUCGUAGAAUUGGGUCCCGUAGCUGCUGGUCAGGUACCCAAGGAUGCAGAUUUCAAGUACGAGAACUUGGUGAGGGGGCUCAAACACGUACCGAUCAAAGUCUGGCCUCCGGAAGCCUUCGAGGAGGGCGCGGAGUUUAUGGCGUCGCUCGCGAAAUCCUUCGAGAAUGCCCACGGAAAUCGGCUGAAGACAACAUUUGCGGAGACUCUUGUCCACGUGUUGCAUCCGAUCGCCAAGACUGCUCAAGCCGAGGUCAAUCAUCCAGACUGGGCGAAGGCCAUCGACGUGAUCUUCCCAAGGGUGCGAGACAUGAUGGCGAAACCGAGAUACUGGCACGUUGCGUAUCCUCUCGCCGUGACGUCACUCUGUGUCGCACCGCAAGAGAUCUUUCUACGCAACUGGACUUUGAUUUUCGAUGCUGGCCUCGGCAAGCUGAAGGAAAAGGUGCACCGAGUACCAGUACUCAACGGAAUGCUUCGUCUAAUGUGGACGUAUCUGUAUCGUUGCCCUGAGCCGGCUUCAACCGUAGCCGCGAAAUUGGAUCCACUGAUUCGACACUUCUUCCCUCCGAAUCGAUCCACGAUCCACCCGCAAGAGGAUUCCAUCGAACCGUUAACAUAUAUGCUGCACUAUGUGCUGUCCCGGCAUUUUGACUUCGGUAGCGAGUUGUGUCUGGAACUUCUGCAAGAGCGUAGUAUCACUACUCCAUCCCCCAACAUGGCAGUCCUACUGGCGCCGGAGAGAACCGUGAUCGCCGCUCAAGCAAUUCUAUUGUCUUUGCAUGCAAUCGAACGGGAAGAAACCACUCCCUCAUGGCCUUCGAGCUCUGAUUUCACUGUGUUGCCCUCCCGCACCGAUUUUUCGACCUCUUCCGAAUUCUUCCCACCAUCAAUGCAACUGAAGGCAGGCUGGACGGACCUGGUGGAUCGCUCGAGCACAUGUCUGAAAGCGUUUGCGAUGUACUGCUACCAGGCGGUGGGGACAUGGUCUAUACUGGACGAUCAAUGGUCAGCGGCUCGCCUCACUCCUACUUACGAGGAUUCGCACGGCUAUACCACUCGUGCUCAUCCGGAAGCUGUGGUGGCAUAUUCCAAUCAAUAUCUCCCUCAGGUCAGCAUGCUGCGGACGGUGUACCAGUCGUGGCCUCGAUGUCUCCAUCCGUCCAUGGCCGUCGAAGACGCAUUUGAUAUGCUCUUACGGGGCGUCGUCCACGUCGAGCCUGCUGUUGGUGAAGCUGCAGGUCCUGCACUGCAGCGCUUCAUGGCUGAUUCUGCUCAUGCAACAACAUUGCUCUCUCGUUUCGCCGUAUUCCUCUUCGAUCCAAACGCCAUGAGCACCGAAGGAUCGGGUCUUAGGCUAAAUGUCGAGUGUUCUCGCUUGCUCAACCUAUGGCUCUCUUCCGUGGAACAGUGGGUACACGAUCUUACUUCAAGCCCUUCCGGUUCGCUCGAAGCCGAGCAUCUGGAGCGGGUACUUGCCUGCAUCGACGAUAUUGAAAGCGGCGCGCUAUUUCUUUUGGCACACGAUAAGCAAGGAGUUUAUGCGGCUGGUGUCAAAGCGAUCCGCCUCCUGGCCACACUGGAGGCAUCCUUGCAGGCUGAAGCCACCAGCGCUAUGCGGCAAUCCGAGGAGCCUUUCCGACUCGUGACCGCUUUCUUGGGCAAGGUCGAUUAUGGUCGGUACAUGCUUCGUCACGAGGACAUGCUGGAGCCAGAUGAGGUUCUGCGUCUCGCGAAAUGGAGAAAGGAGGCAUUCCCUGACAUGGCGCUGCGUAUAGCCAAUAGCGACUAUCCGUUAGAUCGAGGUCUUUGGAGGCAUCUCUACCCAGCAUUACUGCAAGCUUGCAUGGAACAGUCAUCUAGUGUUCUUUCUUCGUUCAGGGCUAAAGUGAUUGCGGCUGCAAGCCGUUACCAUUCGUUGAUGGUACAGCUAUCCGGAAUCAAUAAUCGAACACUACCCAACCUCCCACAGAGAUCUGGUUCUUCCGGAGACAGAGACGCUUCUCGCGUGAUCAACGAACAUAGACCACAUAUUCAGCAGUGGCACUUCUGGAUGAAGCUUAUCUGCGCCACCGCCGAAGUGUCGGAUGUACGGCCGACAGUGAAUUACCCCAUGCGUGACCAUUCUCGAGCUCGAUCGGAGGCGAACUUUGAGCGCGAUCAAAUGGUAACCACUCGCGAUCUCUUCAAGUACCUCAGCCAAUUCCUAGAUUCCGACCAUACAUUGUUCCGUGACGUCGCUGUCUCAAGCAUCAGCUCAUUUCCUUCCCAUGGGUAUUCACAGCUCCUUGAAGAUCUCAACGUCCUUGCCUCCCGCCAGCUCUCCGAUGAUCCCAGAUCGAAAAGCACCAGUGCUCCAGUCAUAGGCCGCGCUCGCCGUCAGGAGCGCUUUCACACUGCUGUCGCACGGAUCUAUUACCUCACUUCUCAUGCGUUACAGGACCAACGAUCCGCAAGCAAGCAGACCGCCCUGGCACAUGUGCUCAAGUACAUCCGCAGCAUGCAUGCAUACCUCGUCACCCCCGACCAUCGUGACCUCUUUACCCUUCAGAGAUUGCGACGUUAUUUCUGCGGGACCGUGGAGCGCCUGUUUGAUGGCUUGGCUACGCUCAAGGACUCGGAUCGGUUUAUCCCCCCUCACAUGCACCUUGCCUUGUUCAGGCUCUGUGAAGAAUGGUGUCAACUCGGCAAACAGUCAGAGAACAUGACAAAGCGCCUCAUUACAAUGCAAACCGCUGCCGCCAAAUCUCUCAGCGAGCCAGCCGAUCAAGCAGAGAUUAUACAGCGUUUUCAAACGGAGACGCGGAAUCUAUCGCACGCUGCUGUGGGUGCUAUGGCGGCUCUCUGUCACAAGGCCUUUUACCCUCCUGAGCACGCAUCUGCCUCGCCCACUGAUAGAUACACAUUAGACAGCAAUCAUAAGCCUUUGCAAGCGGCACCGACAUUGGACCGUUUGACUGCCAUCCUUGCGUCCUUCCAAGAACCAGAACACACUGCCGGAAAGAAAGCGCUGCGAUCGCUACUCCUUCAUACUCCGUCUGAUGGAGUAUUGCUGGAUGAAGCGCUUAGAAGGGCCUUGGUGACCACGCGACAGUUGGAGACCAGUAAUGCCCGCUUCUUCGAGGUCGUCGCGGAUGUCAUAUGCAACGCAUCAGGAUCCCACGGUUUCAGCUUCAGUCAGAUCGCUUUCAGCAUCCUCGAGGUUAUACACGAGCAGUCCGGGGGUAUCAUAUCUCUCAAUCAGUACGAAGCUGCGGUGUGCAGCUCAGCGCCGAGCGCGUACUUGCACGCGCACCGCUCAAUUACGAUGGUACUGGCUGGCGAGCACCCCAAGCAGGCUAUCCACGUCCUUGCUCAAUUCUCCGGAUGGAUCACACGACUGUUCGACGGGCAAACAGAUCGAAGCCCUCUCCUCUUGCUCCAGAGUCUUGAGCACUGGGUGCCACACAUUACCCUUCUUGAUGACAGCAAGUCCGCAUUAUCGCGGGAGGGACGCUCUGCCAUUUAUCAUCUGAUGAACCUCACUGCCCGCUACGUGGAAACCUAUGCAGAACAAGUGUUGGUUCUCUGGUCCCGUGCUGUGGACAACGAGUAUCAGUUGAAUGCGUACGCGACGGUGAUGUUCCUCCUGGAGCAAGCACCCAAGAUCGGCAGUACUCUCUUCAUCAGCUGUGCUGCGAAGGUCGUCGCUUGCCUUUUUCAGAGUGCGGCUGGCAUGAAGGUCUUCGACGAGAUGUGUGGUCUCCUAGACCCAGUUCGAAUGCUCCCAUCAUACGAGCACAAGGUGACUAUUCCAGCCGCCGACGAAAUUGAAGAGUGGUCCGACCUCGACGUCCUGUUCUCCGAAUCGCCGAAGCUAACGCUGACACAAACACAAUUCGUUCUCCUCUUCUUAUGCGAGGCAACGAUGGACCGGUCAUGGCCUCUCGACAAACAUCUACCCGCCCUGCUUAUGGCCAUCUUCAUGCACGUUUCAGACAAGCAACCCUUCAUUCGAGAGCGCUCCCGACACAUGCUCUUCCAACUGUUGCGUUCCUGUAUGCCUGGAUACGACGACUUCCUCGACCGUCCGUUGGCUCGCUCGCGAUUGGAGCUCAAAGCCGCCAUACAAGUUUUGGAAAACGAAGCUGAAAUGCGACUCUGGGUUGACGACGAUUCAGCUGCUGAAGCGACGCCUAAACUCAAAUGGCUGUCGUCCGAAGUAUUGGACCUCUUGGAACCUUUAUACCCCGACCUACGCGCACAUUGGGGCUUCUGGACUCUGCGGUGGGGAACGCAAUGUCUCAAGAGAGAAAUGGCCUACAGGUCCCUUCAGCUACAUCGAGUACUUGCAGCACCAGUACUACGGGAAAGUGUUGAUAUGCUGCUGGGCCGUCUGGCGCACACUAUUGCCGACGAGGAUGCCGCCAUCCAGAACUUCAAUGUCGAGAUCAUCCUCACAUUGACCUCUAUGGCAGCAUCUGAUACUCUACCACGGACCCUGCUCCCAAAGCUGUUCUGGAGUACUGUUGGUUGUCUUUCGACGACUGUCGAGAACGAGUUCCUGCACGCCUUGAGUCUGCUAGAAGCAUUACUUGCGCACAUCGAUCUCGAUGACCAUGUUACCGUUGAGAUGCUUCUCGAAGCAAGGCCGCCCACUUGGAGUGGUUCGUCAUCUCUGCAGUUCAGUCUCUUGACUGGCCUGCGUUCGUCGUCUACGUCGGAGCUCACCCUCAAGGUCCUAAGACGGCUAUCCGGGAUCAGUGAUGCGAGGCUCGUGGAUGCUUCAGAAGGACGUGUACGCGAUCUCUACACAUUAUCCCUCCCUCUGUGCUUGCACUCAAUGGCUUCUGGUCCUCCUGACGAUAUCUCGCAAGAUUUCGCGCUGAGCAUCGGGCGUCUAGCCGAAGAGGAGGAACGGCCGAGCAUCGAUCGCAUCAUGACCUCUUUCGCCAAAGGACGAUUCCGUACCAAAGAGGACUUUUUACGGGAGUCUGUUGCAAGUCUUCGCGAGCACUAUGGCACCGAUCACUGGACGGAAGUGAUCACUUUGCUCAUGUCAAUGGUAUUGAACCAGGAGCGGUGGUUGCGCAUCUACACGCUGCAGAUCCUGAAGUUGCUGUUUCAACAGCGAGAGACGCGAGAUUUGCUAGUGUCGGAAUUGCUGAUGCCGCUGCUACGUUUACUGGAGACAGAUCUUGCACCUCAAGCUUUGGAUGUUCUUGAUGAGCCGGUGGAGAUUUCGGGUGGGCCUGCCGCAAAGCACAUACUUCGCAUGAGCUUGUUCCAUCAUCUUGAUGCCGACGCGAAGGAGGUCGAAUCAGUAGCUGAAGUAUUCGGCAUUCCACAAGAGUCGGGCUGGUGUGUUCCUCGAUCCGGCGCUGUUCGGGAUAUAUGUCGCUCAAACAUAUUUGCCCUCACCGAUUCAUACGACACCAGCAGCAGCACUUCGCAUUUGAGCUUCCAUCCGGAGCCAGAGGAGGACGAGGCGGACGAUGCAGAUCCCUAUGAUGACCUGGGAGACAUGGUGCAGAAUUUGCACGAGCUCAGCAGCUUCUUCCAGGAAGAGAAUUCAGUUGCUGCAUUACCUCAUCCACAGUUAGAAGCACGAGUGGCCGCUAUUCUGGCGAAAUCCAGAGACGUAGCGCAAGAGCUUCCACAGACCUCCUUCGUUGGCGUUUUCGAUGUUGGAAAGGCGAACGCCUACGAAGACUCGGACGAGUCCGAUUACGACAGCGGGUCUGACCUUUUCGAAUUUGAUUCUCCCGCUAUAUUGCGGUUCACUUCCACUCGUUCACGCUUUCCAUAA